AUGGAAGAACAAAAAGAAGAAGCCUCUUCUGAAAAAAUAUUAAGUAGUGAUAAAUUUAAUCCUAACCAACUUGAGAAUAAUGAAGAUGAGUGGGUAAUUAAACUUGAUGAAAUUAAUCCUAAUGAAUCAGCUA